GCGUUCUGUUUCGUUUCUAUCUAUUAUAAAGAUUAUAAAAUAAAAGUAUAUUAAUCACAUCGCUUAUAAUUUAUAUAUUAUUAGACGAGACACAGCUAAGCUAGCACGGCGGUGCUGGGUGUCUAGAAAUGUGUGCAAAUUAAAGUAAAGCGGCCGUUCUGAAUUUUCAUCUCAUCUGAUCUGUGUUGAUCGAGGAUCAUAUCGGGGGAAUGGGUUCCUGUUAUUCUGUGCAUAAAGAUAAAGAGCACCCAGCUAAAGCAGAGAAUAAGCACAACUCGCACCUCAAUGGCGCCCACACCCUACUCGCCGAUCUUCUCCUCAAACCUCAGCCGUCUCCCCAUCACGCCGUUACCACUACUUUUUCCCACUUUGGUAGCAAUGAGUCAUUUUUUGAUACACAACCUUGGCUGGAGUCUGACUGUGAAGAUGACUUCUAUAGUGUUAAAGGAGAUUUUACCCCAUCUUGUGGAAGUACACCUGCCAAUCAAAGCUUCUCUUUAGGAACUCAUCCUAAAAUUAAUGGACCCAUUUUAACUGACGAUAGAGCUUUCGUUUCUGAACCCCAAUUGUCUCCAAAAAAGAAGAGCAAGAAACUAUUCCAACUUUUCAGAGAAAGUUUAGGAGGUGACCAGGAUUUCACUGUUCUGGAUGGUGCACACAACUAAACAAGUCUUUCAAUAAUCAAAAAGGCCGCCAUGCUGACAACUGGUUUUGAUCCCCUUCAGAAAUCUGCAGAUGGAACACCUUAUUCUUCUUCUUCUGCUGCAUAUAGUAGCGAAAGAACUCCCGGCCCAGAGCUCAAAGCUGAUUCAAAAUCAACAAAGAGUGGGCAAUGUUGCCUUCCAAGGUUGCUUUGAAAUCUUGACUUUAAUUUAAUGGAAGCAGGAA